AUGUUGAUCAUGGCGGCAGUUCACGCGGGAGUCGACUUCAAGACGAUGCUGCGCUCGGGGCAGUUUUCCGACUUGACGCUGGUUUGCCAGGGGAAAGAAUUCAAGAUUCACAAGGUCGUUGCCUGCCCGCAGUCGCCUGUGCUUUCUGCCGCCGUCAGCGGAGAGUUCAAGGAGAGCCAGACAGGCGUCGUCCAGAUUGAGCUCUUCGACAGCGAGACGGUCAAGCGCAUGGUUGACUUUCUCUACACGGGAAAUUAUGACUGCAGCCACCCCCCGAACCCCCCAAGUCAGAACAUAGUACCUGGUAAUCAUCCUGCUGUUGCACAUGCUGCCGUGAAAAGUACAAGCACUCCAGCCUCAAAGACAACAAACACCACCCUCCCAGCGCCUGCUGCUGCUGCUGCUGCCGCUACAAGCACUCAAGACACGUUGACUCAUGUGCGAGUAAAUGCAAUUGCGGAUUACUACGGCAUUCAAGGUCUCACGCUGCUUGCCAAUCAAAAGAUCCAGCAGGCAUACCAGGCCAAGUGGGAUGCCAAGGCGUUUCUCACUUCAGCGAAAGAAGCCCUCGACAACACCGGUGACAAGAAGCUGCAUGGCAUGAUGGCACUUCUAGCAGCGCAGCAUCUGGAAGAGCUGAUUGCUUCUUCCCAGCUGGCCGACUUGGUUGGCGAUUUUGCUGCCGAGGUCCUACGCUACCAUGCCCAUAAAUUGGAAGCGUCUAAACAAGAGCAACUCCAAACGAUCCGCCAGGAGCAAGUGGCAGCCCAGACACGACAGGCAGAGGUCCAGGCCCUGUCCCAGGCCGCCGAGGCCAAGACUGGCCGCGUCAUUGCGAAUAUCAGCAGAGUGGUUACCAUGAUGUGCGAGAGGCAAUAUUGCCGGAACAAUGCCUGUGGAGAGGAUUUUGGUUGCUAUCUUGAGCAAGUCGGCGUCGAUGAGCCCGCCAAAUGUUGA